AUGGACAUUCGCCGGAGGCCCCCCAAGCCAUCAUCCCUGCGCACGACGCCGCCGCCCUCGUUCCCUCACCCGCCGCCUUCUCCUCCUCCGGCCUCCGGCGCUGCUUCGUCCUUACACUCGCCGAAAGCCUCCGACGCUCUGCCCCUCCCCCUGUACCUAACCAACGGCGUCUUCUUCACGCUCUUCUUCUCCGUCGCCUACUUCCUCCUCCACCGUUGGCGCGAGAAGAUCCGGGCAUCCGUACCCCUGCACGUCCUCACCCUCUCCGAGCUCGCCGCCAUUAUCACCCUAAUUGCAUCCUUCAUCUACCUCCUAGGGUUCUUCGGGAUCGAUUUCGUCCAGUCCUUCGUCUCCAGAUCUGAGGGCGAAGACGAGACCCAUCCGCGAUUUGAAGUCCACGAGGACCGCUACAUCCACUGCUCGAUGCCGACCUCAGCCGCCGCCAAGCCCACGCACAUGGACCUACCGAAGGACGACGAGGACCUCGUCAACCUGGUCGUCUCCGGAGAGGUCCCAUCAUAUUCGCUCGAAUCCCGGCUUGGGGACUGCUUCAAGGCGGCCCGUAUCCGGCGGGAGGCGGUGCAGAGGCUGACGGGGAGGUCCAUGGAGGGGUUGCCUCUGGAAGGGUUUGAUUACGAGUCGAUUUUGGGGCAGUGCUGUGAGAUGCCAGUGGGGUACGUGCAGAUCCCGGUGGGGAUUGCAGGCCCACUGCUGCUGAACGGGUGCGAGUACUCGGUGCCCAUGGCCACCACGGAAGGGUGCCUGGUGGCUAGCACGAACAGGGGCUGCAAGGCAAUCUAUGCCUCCGGUGGGGCCACGUGUGUGCUUUUGCGGGAUGGGAUGACACGAGCUCCGGUGGUGAGAUUCUCCUCGGCCAAGAGAGCAGCAGAUUUGAAGUUCUUCUUGGAGGAUCCUGUGAAUUUCGACACCUUGUCUGUUGUUUUCAACAAGUCAAGUAGAUUUGCAAGACUGCAAAGUGUUCAAUGUGCAGUUGCAGGCAAGAAUCUAUACAUCAGAUUUAGUUGCAGCACAGGUGAUGCCAUGGGUAUGAACAUGGUUUCCAAAGGUGUCCAAAAUGUGUUAGAUUUCCUCCAGAACGAUUUCCCUGAUAUGGAUGUAAUCGGCAUUUCAGGGAAUUUCUGUUCAGACAAGAAACCAGCUGCCGUCAACUGGAUUGAGGGCCGCGGGAAGUCCGUCGUGUGCGAAGCCAUUAUAUCUGGGGAUGUGGUCGCGAAGGUGUUGAAAACCACUGUGCCAGCUCUCGUCGAGCUUAACAUGCUCAAGAACCUUACGGGGUCUGCCAUAGCCGGGGCCCUUGGUGGAUUCAACGCUCAUGCUGCCAACAUAGUCUCUGCAAUUUUCAUAGCCACAGGGCAGGAUCCAGCUCAAAACAUUGAAAGCUCUCACUGUAUAACCAUGAUGGAGGCUGUCAAUGGUGGCAAGGACCUCCACGUUUCUGUCACCAUGCCGUCCAUUGAGGUUGGCACCGUUGGAGGUGGUACCCAGUUGGCAUCGCAAUCUGCUUGCCUAAACCUGCUCGGUGUAAAGGGUGCAAACAAAGAGUCGCCAGGCUCAAACUCACAGCUCCUGGCCACCAUAGUUGCCGGGUCAGUAUUGGCUGGCGAGCUCUCUCUUAUGUCAGCCAUUGCAGCCGGGCAGCUCGUCAAGAGCCACAUGAAGUACAACCGCUCGAGCAGGGACAUCACAAAAAUCGGCUCCUAA